AUGACUGUCCUCACUUUACAGCGUAUCGUGCUUGGCACGAGCAUUGCCUUCUCAUACACCCUCUUCGGAAAUGCCAUAACCCAAUCCUUCAUGACCAUCCCCGCCCUCCUAGCAGACUUCCCACCACCCUCCUCCCCCGACUACAGCAGCCGCGCCACCCUCCUCGGAAAACAAUGGCCACACUGCUGGGCCGUAGGCAACGUCUUCUUCCGGCCCAUCUCAACUCUCGGCUUCCUCUCCUACCUCUACUCGGCCAUUGUAUCCUACAACAACGCCGCCGCGCUCGGCGACUACCGACUCUUCGCUUUCUGCGCGGUUAGCAACCUGAUUGGUAUCGUGCACUCGGCGGUUAACAUGCAGCCGCUUAAUGAUAAGUUGGCGAGUUUGAAUGUGGAGAGUAUGGAGGCGAAGAGGGCGGGGAUUACGAGUUUGAAGGGUCAGUUGAAGGAUGGGGAGGCGGUGUUGAGGAAGUGGGGGAAUUGGAAUUUGGUUCGCGUUGUGGUGCCGCUUCUUAGUGGGACUAUUGCGCUUUCUCAAUUUAUUUGA